GGCCGGGCCGCGUCAGUCCGCGCCGAGCGGCCGAGCGAGCGCCAUGUCGUGCGGUCCGCGCGCCUGCUGCCGCCCGCGCGCCCCGCACUCGCUGCUCGACAUCACCGCCAAGAUCGUGGCCGCCAACAUCCCGUUCCAGCGCAUCGAGGAGCGCUACGAGCGCAUCCCGGAGCCGGUGCAGCGCCGCGUGGUGUACUGGUCCUUCCCGCGGGACGAGCGCGACAUCUGCAUGUACUCGUCCCUGGCGCGCGCGCCUCCCGACGACCACCGCAGCAUCGCCUUCUGCCGCGGCCUCAAGCUGCUGGACGCCGGCUGUGUGGAGAACGUCCUACAAGUCGGGUUCCACCUGAGCGGCGUGGUUCGCGCGCCGGCCGCCGUGCCGCCCUGCUCCGAGCCAGAGCGGCUCUACAGGGUCACCGUGUCUUUUGAUAGAUGUAAGAUAACGGGCGUGACGUGCAGCUGCGAGGCGCGCGACAUCUUCUGGUGCCAGCACGUGGUGGCGCUCGCGCUCUACCGCAUCAGGAAUGCCGACUCCGUGAGACUGAGAGUGCCUAUAUCAGAAACCCUCCUCCAAAUGGACCGUCAGCAGCUGCAGAAGUUCGUCCAGUACCUGAUAGCGGAGCACCACACGGAGGUGCUGCCGACGGCGCAGCGGCUGGCUGACGAGGUGUUGCAGGCCCGCAGCGCCAUCAACCGCAUCUGUGGCGCCCCUGACCCUACCGCGGGGCCGCCGCCCGACGCGCACCAUGCGUGGCAUCUGGAUGAGCAGCAGGUCUGCGAACAAGUGCGAGCUUAUUUAUUACAGGGGACUUAUUACAAUGCAAACAAACAACUCAAUUCACUAUUUUCUAAGGUACGCGAAAUGCUAAGAGCACAAGACUCGAACGGCCCAAGAAUGCUGAUGCUGAUGACUGAACAGUUCCUAUCGGACCCUCGGCUUUUGCUCUGGAGGAACCAAAACACACCAAUGACGGAGAAAUGUCGGCAGCUUUGGGAGCAACUCGGGGCCCUAUGGGUCAGCAUAGUGCUGGACCCUGGGAGUAACAAGCACCAGAGGGGGCAAUGGCGACAGCUUCUGGAUAAAUGGUCCGCAGUCGAAGUGUGUCCGACAGAAGAUCCGGACUAUCGAUCGUUUCCUUUAUACGCCCGAGAACGGGAACGGAACGAGCGAGAUCGUGACAGGGAUCACAGAGAUAGAGAUAGAGAGAGAAAUCGCGACAGGGAGGAGAGGGACAGAGAGAGGUUACGAGCUGACAGGGAAGAGAGAGAUAGAGAAAGGCAUAGAGACAGAGAACGACUAAGGAGAGAAAGGAAUUCACAUUCUGAAAGUUCAGACGAUGAGCCUUUAGCUAACAAUUACGAGCGUGAGUACCGGCGCGCCAGCAAGCGGCUGCGGCUGCACAGCCAGCGCCCCGCGCCGCAGCUCACGCCCAGAACCGUCUUCCAUAAAGCCCUCGACGCAGUGGACAUAUCGUGGGAGAGCGAGCACCUCAAGUACAUUCUGGCCGCCGACGAGUACUGCAACCCGGACAAGCCCAAGCCGGCGUCUAGUAGCACCCUGCAGCCCUACCCCAAGUUUAAUGAGCUGGGGCAGCCGCUGUGGCAUGAGCACCUCCCCGUGGUGGGGGCCCGGAUCGAGGCGCUGCGCGCUCACGGGCGGGCGCCGGCGGCGUUGAGGCUGGCUGUCAGCGCGGCGAGGGCCAUGCGGCAUCGACAGGAGGUAGCCCAGCAGCGCUGGCAAGAGGUCGGAGCCGGCGAGGCGGGCGGCUCCAGCGGGGGUAUUACCACCACCUGCUCGGGCAGCGACCACUGCGGCGGCCGCUGCACGGACCGCGUGAAGCUGUCGCUGGUCUGCGCGCACAUGGAUGGCGGCUCGUGCUCGACGGCAGGGUUUACUUGCGCGCUCAGCCAUUCGUCCCGGUGUAUUGGACGAGACAGCAGAUGCUGGACCGGCUGGACUCUAGAAGCCAUCUGGUGCGUGCACGAGUGCCUCGCGGACGCGUGCCUGGCGCCCGACGACCAGCGCGCCUCGCCGCGCCUGCACUCCUACCUGGACGAGGAGCCUAACACCGGACUGCCUCCUAGAUACCAACACGUGCCAGUGGCCGGCAGUAAGAACCCUGACGAGACGUACCUGGCGCUGGCGCUGGAGGCCGCUCUACUGGGGCUCGGAGUGCAGAGGAUGCUGCCCAACGGACUGUACGCGCAGGAGCGGUAUUGUAAACAGGAGGAGCGCCUAAUAUCCCAACUUCAACGCGUAGAAGGCGAGGCGGCCGCUCUAGUCUGCGCUAAAGUAGCCCGAGCAUUACUAGAAGGCGGCCCUUCUUCCUGUCUCGGGGCCAAGGUGCACCCCCGCUCGGCGCCCGCGCACACCUUCGCACGGUUCCUGUUCCUGACACUGCUGCCUUCUGACCCCGAGCUGGCGUAUCGGGUUGGCCUGAGGGCUAUGCGGUUACCGAUGGUAGAAGAAGCCUACGCGCUAGACGGCGCGGGGGCGGCGGGCGCGGCGGGGGGGGGCGGCGCGUGGCACACGCUGCAGCACGCCGAGCAGCAGCAGGCCGCGCUCGCCAGCGCGCUGCUAGGAGCAGCGCGCGGCAACCCCGGCCGACUGCGAGCAGCGUUAGCAGCAGCGCAGCGGCACGUGCGGUCAGCAGCCCAGCUGUUCAGACUGGCUCAGGAUGCGCUGCGGCAUGCCGCGCCGCCUGACGCUCCUCAUCAUCAUAGGGAUCUGCUGGCCGCCGCCUUCGAACUGGGGCUGCAGGUGUUGAGGAUGACGCUGUCUUCAGUGAACUGGCGGCGACGCGAGAUGGUGCGGUGGCUCGUGACCUGCGCCACGGAGCUAGGACUGGACGCCCUCUUGUCUAUCAUGCAGAACUGGUACGAGCUAUUCACCCCCACGGAGGCGACGGGCCCGGUGGCGGCGGCGGCCAUGGCGCACGCCACGGCGCUGCGGCUCGGCCUUACCUUCGAGCAGCAAGAGAAGCUCAGCGCAUGCGCACGGACCCUCGCGCUGCAGUGCGCUGCUAAGGACCCCCCCGGUUGCGCCCUCUCAGCCCUAUCAGUCUGCGAGGGUUCCGCGGGAGCCUUCGAGGCGGCGUGCGCGGCGGUGGGCGGCGCGGCGGCGCGCGGCGCCCUGGCCAGCAGUCAGCUGUUUGCAGUCGCCAGAUAUAUGGAGCAGAGGGGCCAGCCGGCCAGGGCUAUGAAGUUGGCCACGCUGGCUAUGAGGAAUCUGCACUUGCAUUAUAAUCAGGACAGCCACCCGGCGAUCGCGGACAUCCACUGGGCGGUGGCGCUAGCCCACUCGCUGGGCCGCGCCGAGCUGCAGGCCAUGCUACCCCUCCUGGUGAAGAAUGUUCAGUGCGCUCCGGUGUUGUCGGACGUCCUCCGGCGUUGCUGCGUAGCUGCAGCAGGCUGCUCGCGCUCUCGCCCCGCGCCCCCGCGCCCCCCGACCCCCCUGCGCCCCCUACUCGAGGCCGCUCUCAGGGCCUACGCGUCCACCACACAUGCACGCCUCGCGCACAUCUCGCCACGGCACUAUGCGGACUUUGUGGACUUUCUUGGUAAGGCUAGAGAUACGUUCGCUCUAGCGCUGGACGGCCCCCACCAGUUCGCAGCACUCCUUCAAGAAAUCAAACUCAAAUACAAGGGCAAGAAGAAACUCAUGUUCUUGGUCAAGGAACGAUUCGGCUGAUACUACAUGUUUAUCCUUAUUCUGAGAAUUCAUUCAUUCAACAACAAGGUUUGACAAAAAAUAAAACUUAAUAGAAGAGGUUUCUUUAAAAGAGUUAGUCAAACUUUGAUACUGGCCACUAGUAAAAAAAAGUGCAAUUUGUUGUACAAAUAGAAUCUUUUUUUAUUUUUGUUGCUGCAUCGUUGUUUUCGUGCAAUAGUGGACCACUGUUUUGUAAAUAAUUUUAGUUGACUAAUUUUUGUUCUAUUGUUGAUAAUUAUGACGUUAUGAAACCAGCUUAGGGUGACAAGGAUUUGUGGAAAUCGAGAAUGCCUUUUUGGCAUUUUAUAAUAUUUUACCAAAAUGGUAAAAAUAUCAUUACCUCAUACAAGGUACUGAUACGAGUGUACUGUACCAAGUCUAUUCUAAAAGUAUUAUUUUAUUUAAACGAGUAGAUUAUAUCAAGGACCUCGUAGUCUUUUUAACGUUGUAAGUAAUGUAAUGAUCUCAUUGAUUCCAUUUGUGUAAAAUAUAGCGUAAAUGUAAAUAUGGGUAUGUUAGCUAUAGUUGUAUAAGAGUAGGUAACCCUUGACGAUUUGUACGAGCAUUGAGAGAUUUCUGUAUCAGAAUUUUUGUAUGCAAAAAUCGUUAUAAAAAAACGCGUAAUAUUUUUUGUACAAUAUUCGUACAAAUUGCGGGAAGUUUUAGUUAGGAUUAGUACGCCAUUCAUAUCGCGUCCAAUAGAACUGAAACCCAACAUUUAAUGACACAUUCACCAAAGAUAGUAAUUAUUUUAAGUGAUAUAUUCAUGCCAUCACUUGCGUUAAACUUAUUCAGUAUUUCUGUAUCUCUCUUGAGUAUUAUCUGUUGUUAGGUUAAAUAGAUUUUAAAAUCAUUUUCAUUAUUAAUUGCCACAUCGAAUAUCUAUGUUUCACUUCAUACUUUUUAUUUUUAUACGGAUCACACACCUUAAUAUUUUUACUGCAAAAUUGUUUAACAUUUUACUUUUCAUUGUAAAAUACAAUUUCUCUUCUGUAAAUGAAAUAUUUAUAUUGAUUUACACAAUUUGAAACCUAGCGUACCUAUAUAGUGAUUAAAAAUUAUCAAAAAGUGCAUUUAAAUAGAUGAUUAAUAAUAUUAGUAUAGCUAAAUAGAAGUGAAGUUUUUAUUUCAAAGUGUUCAGAAGAUUGGAGGGGAGAAAAUUAUAGAGUAGGUUAACAUAAGAGAGGGAUUUUUGUACUUUAACAGUUUGAGAGGGUUGUGCAAGCGUAAAAAGAAGCGUGUAAUAAUCAUUUUUAUUGUAAGGAAUACUUAAUUAUGCCAACCUUCUGUGUAUCAAAAUUGUUCAAUAUUGUUGAAACACCAAUUGACCAUAGAGCAUUUAUUUUAAUGUCCAGAAAAUUACGAAUUGUAUUUCAAUCAAUAAUACAUACUAAAUAAUGUUUGAGUAUUUUUUGUACUAUUGUAAACUUUCCGUGUAUAAUGUAAAAAAAAACUUAAGCAAUAAUUUUGCCUUUUGUCGGCCUGAUAUGGUUUCUUUUAUUCUUUUUGUAGUUAGUGUCAUCUUUCUAAUAUUUAAAAAAAAACAAUAAUUUUCUUAAUAACGAUUAGAUUUUUGACAUUAUUGACUUACCAAUAUGAACCUAAAAGCAAAUAUUAAUACCUCAAGUGCCUUUAGGUGAGUCAAAACUUGUUCAGGCCGGCAUUUAUUUAUAAAAUCACUUAUUAUUUCUUUACAAAAUUUUAGUAACUACCUAUUUACAUUUUAUAUUGGAUUUGUCCUGUGUUAUACGUAAAACGUGGACACCCUCCAGUGCUGAAUAUUGAAAGUGAUAAUUUCAAUAUAAUAAUUGAAACUUU